UUCUGAGGGUCGGAAGGUACGCGGUCACACUGCUAACAACACUAUUACUGCAAUUAAAAAUUUGUGUUUUUAUUAAAACUAUUACUGAUAACCGUUAGAAAAUUUAUAUCGUUUCAAAUACGGGCUCUUGCGACAACAGUAGGCUAAACAAUAACGAUGGCAACGCUUCCACCCCGUAAGAGUCAGACGCCAACACGGAUCUGCAUCUCCAAGCAGCAUUUGACGCCGCUUCAGACAUUGCUCCAAAUGGGAUUUCCACGGCACAGAGCGGAGAAAGCUUUGGCGUCGACGGGAAACCGAGGUGUGCAAAUCGCUUCCGACUGGCUGUUGGCCCAUGUGAAUGAUGCCUCUUUGGAUGAGUGCGCCCCACGCGAAUACAUCAUAUAUGCAUGUCCCACGGGACCUUUCCUGCAGCAGCUGGAGGAGUUCUGGUCAAAAUCGCGCCAAAUGUGCGGCUGGAAUGGUGCCCACAACUACGUGCCCCACAUCACACUUGUGUCUUUCUUUAAGGCACCGGACGAAUGCUCGCUGCAGCUUUCAAAGGCUCUGAAGCAGGUGGUCGACAUGACGGGGGCCCUACUGGAUCGCCCUCUCAAGCUAGAGCCGUAUAUGAGCCAGAACUUCAUGGGCUUCUUUGUGGCCGAAGAGGAUGCCAACUAUCUCAAGCGUCUGGCUCUGCAAUACGUCAAGGAGGUGUCCAACUCAAUCAUUAGCGAUACCUAUGAGCAGCUGGACGCCAUUGUGGCCUGUUUCCCCUGGUGCGGAGCGGUCUCCUCGGGCACCCGCUGCAUACCACGCAGCAGUCGAUCCAUCUCACUCGAGCCCCACGUAAAGAGCCUGCACCUGACGCUCGCCUAUCAGUUCCCGCAGGCACAAUUCAAUGCACUGAAAGCACUCGUGGAAACACUAGACGCCGGCUGUGCCUCCAAUUGGGAACUGCGCCUGUACUCCCGCGACCCACGACUCGCCACCAAACAAGUCCAGAAAGUCGUCUAUCCGCACAAUCCUCACGAGACCGAUGAGCUAGAGCUGCGGAUUGGCGACUACAUCUACUUGAACAGUGACGUUGUCGACAGCUCAAGUGACGGCUGGGCCGAGGGAAUCUCCUGGCUCACGGGCAGCACGGGUCACCUGCCCGUUAACUACACCGAACGCACUGCCGAGUCAGACGCCUGGACCCUGCAUCGCGUUGUCCAGCUGUCUAAGAGUGUGGCCUCUUCGCUUACAUCUGCCGAAGAUCUGGACAUUGUGGACGGGCGCAGUAUAUCCACAGAACCCGAGGAACGUCAGCGGCUGAGUACAACCCAUCCCGAGAUUAUAGAGGGCUCAUCCUUUGAAGAUUCAGAGCAGAGUGUCGAGAAAUACUUGCGACAGACACUGAAACCGUGCCUGGAACUGCCAUCAGUUCAAUUGCUCAAUAGCCAGAACUUGAGCCAUCAGCUAAAUCCACACACACCCACGAUUGAGAUUACGACCAAUAUGUCUUCCUGCUCUACAUCGAUGUCCAAGCAGGUGGUGGACGAGAUCCUUGUAGAACCACUGGCAGCGCAGCCACCGCGUCCCGAUGACACGCUCAGCGUCCACUCGGAUCACUCGAUGCAUCCGUGUUCGCUGGAUGCCUCACAGACAAAGAACCGCAAAGUGUACAUCAUGCGACAUGGCGAGCGAGUGGACUUUACAUUCGGUACUUGGAUACCCUACUGCUUCGAUGAGUUUGGCAAUUACAUGAGGAAGGACCUUAAUAUGCCCAAGACCCUUCCACGUCGCAAGAACAGCCCCGAGGGCUGGCAGAACGACUCCCCGCUGACCAAUGUGGGUGUAUUUCAGGCAAACCUCAUCGGCCAGGCUCUGCUGGAGGCUCACGUUCAGGUCGAUCAUGUCUACUGCUCGCCCUCAUAUCGCUGCAUUCAGACCUGCACCAGUGCCCUGGAAGGCCUCCAGCAGGGCGGACAGCACAAGAUCAAGCUGGAGCCGGGUCUGUUUGAGUGGAUGGCCUGGUACCCCAGCGGUGUUCCCGACUGGCUGACCAAGAAUGAACUAAUUGAGGCCAAGUACAACAUCGAUUUGGAGUAUGAGCCCGUGCAGCCCUCAGGGGAGCUUACCGCCAGUCUCAAGGAGUCCACAGAGCAGUUUUAUACCCGUAAUCACGACGUUCUGUUGCAGCUAUUGGAGCGCACAACUGGUAAUAUCCUUGUAGUGGCUCAUGCAACGACAUUGGACACCUGCUCUCGCCAGUUGACCGGUGGAGCUCCUCGGAGCACCAACGAACUGCGUCAGGUUAUACACAAGAUCCCCUACUGCAGUCUGGCAACCGUGGAGCAGGUUGAUGGCGUCUGGAAGCUGGUGGAGCCCGAGUGCCUGCCGGUGACACACUCGAAAAACCCGCGCUUCGAGUGGAAUGCCUUGGCGACCACCUAGUGCCAGUGCUUGGAGCAGUUUCUAUGCAAGCACUGAGACUGAUCGAGCAAUCGAGAAAGAAGCACACGCUCCAAUAUUUAAAAUUUGUUGCUUAACUAUUCAAAUUUAGUAUGCUUUUUCCGCUCGGUCAUUGAUAACAAAAUUGCUUUGUGACUGCCAUAUACAAAGAGAUACUGAAAGCUAUGUAGAUAUACAAUGCCACGAUACACUGCGAUGGAAUACGAUUUUGUUUCGAUACAAUAAUGCAUAUUAAAUUUAAAAUCAUUAUGCUGCAUGUUCUGCCAUUAGCCAGUUGAAGGGAAUCGAAUCAAGAGAGACCCGGUACUUUAUUGCAAUCAAUAUGCAAAUACACACAUAUAUUUACACAAA